AUGUCGAAAUCAUGGACGGCUAAGUUGAGGCUUCCCAAGUCGACGUUCCCGUACGUCUUUCCCACCAUUGACCUUCCUACUAAAGCUGAUCGCGCGCGUCCGCUUAGCCCGAGGCCUCUUCCUGCCUUUCGGGAAACGUACAUACAACGAUGCGCCGACAAUCUAUACGAGUGGCAGCGGAAGAAUCGACCUUCCGAUGACACUUUCGUUCUUCACGACGGCCCGCCAUACGCCAAUGGCAGCCUCCAUGUUGGCCACGCCCUGAACAAGAUUUUGAAAGACAUGAUCUUAAGGGUGAAGGUUCAGCAAGGUAGACGUGUACACUAUGUGCCAGGCUGGGACUGCCACGGCCUGCCAAUCGAGCUCAAGGCUCUCGAGAACUCCAAAGGCGCGAAGCUUACACCCCUCGAAAUUCGAAAGUCCGCCCGAAACCUCGCCUCGAACACCGUCACCAAGCAGAUGAAAGAAUUCCGAUCGUUUGGUGUAAUGAGCGAUUGGGAACAAAGAUGGACUACAAUGGACGCGGCAUAUGAGAUGAGACAGCUACGGUUGUUCCAGAAGAUGGUGAGGAAAGGCCUGAUUUACCGCAAGUUCAAGCCCGUCUAUUGGUCGCCGUCUUCUCAGACAGCGCUGGCGGAAGCCGAGCUCGAAUACAAGGAUGACCACACGUCCAAUGCCGCCUGGGUCAGGUUUCCUAUCACGGAAGAAUGGCGGUCCCUUCCUCAAUUUGAGGGGGUGCAGGGCAAAAUCCAGGGGAAGCUGUAUGCCAUCAUUUGGACUACAACACCCUGGACUCUGCCUGCAAACAGAGCCAUAGCAGUGCAUGAUGACUUGGAGUACUGCGUUGUUAGCGACGGGACAGAUGGCUUACUCGUAGCGAAAAGCCGUCUUGACACAUUGAAGGAGAAACUGGCCAAGUCAACCGCUAGCCGUAACGCAACGGAACCAAGUGUUGACGUGUUGGAGACGUUUAAAGGCAGGCAAUUGAGCGGUCUUCAGUACAUCAACCGGUUACGAGGCAAGACCGCUUCACCCCAGCCACUGAUCCACGCCGACUUUGUGUCGGCAGACUCGGGUUCAGGACUAGUCCAUCUCGCACCAGGCCAUGGGUUUGACGACUACGAGGUCUGCAACUCUCAGGGUAUACCAGUGGCAGCACCAAUAGACGACCAGGGCAAAUUCACGAAGGAUGCUUUUCCUGAUGCGCCAGAAGUCUUACUCUCCGCUCCUUCGGUCAACGAAGGAGGUGGGCGAAACGUACUUGAGCUUCUUGAACCAGAUGGUGACGUCUUGCUCGUGGAGAAAUACCAACACAAGUACCCGUACGACUGGCGAACCAAGCAGCCAGUGGUCAUCAGGGCUACCGAGCAGUGGUUCGCCGAUGUUGCACAUAUCAAAGAUGAAGCCCUCGAAGCUCUGAACAAUAUCCGCUUUGUACCCGAAGCCGGCAAGAAGCGACUUGAGAGCUUUGUUCAAGGUCGGAGUGAGUGGUGCAUAUCACGGCAACGUGCUUGGGGUGUUCCCAUUCCAGCUCUAUACGAUGAGACCGGCGCAGCCAUGGUAAAUGAGGAAGUGGUCGACCACAUUAUCUCUGUCAUCCAGGAACGUGGAACGCAUGCAUGGUGGUCGGAUGCUGCAGAUGACCCGUCAUGGAUACCGAGCUCGUUACAGGGCACAUUCCGGCGAGGGACUGAUACAAUGGAUGUCUGGUUCGACAGCGGCAGCAGCUGGACUAUGAUGCCAGGUCGUGCCGAUGUGUACCUGGAAGGCUCUGAUCAGCACCGUGGUUGGUUCCAAUCUAGUCUACUCACGCGGAUCGCAGCAGGAUCCGAAGCCGGCUCGGAUUUCGAGAAAGGAGCACCGUUCAAGCAACUCAUCACCCACGGCUUCACGCUAGAUCAGGAUGGCAAGAAGAUGUCCAAGUCAAUUGGGAACAUCAUAGAGCCACAGCAGAUCAUGGAGGGCACCCUCUUGCCACCUCUGAAGCGGAAAGGGAAAGCUGCUAAAGGGCCGGUGACCUACGAUGCCCUGGGUCCCGACGUCCUACGACUAUGGGCUGCCAGCAGCGACUACACCCGUGACGUGGCCAUUGGUGUGCCUGUUCUUCAAGGCCUCCAUACUGCCUUGAUCAAGUACCGCACGAUCGUGAAGAUGCUUCUGGGUUCAAUGCACGAAUCUGCUCGUACUGCGCCUUUGACCGUCACCGACGAGAUCGCCAUCAUGCAGCUGCAGGACACCAUGGCUGAAGUCGGCAAGGCAUUUGAGAACCACGAGUUCUACAGAGGCUUCAAUGCCCUAAACAGAUGGAUUACUAACGACCUCUCGGCUUUCUACCUAGAGACGCUGAAGGAUCGGCUGUACUGUGGUGAUGGCGGAGGUGUACUCGAACCCAUCUUCAAUGGCUUUCUGCGAAUGCUCGCCCCGAUGACCCCUCUACUGGUGGAAGAAGCCUGGGAUCACCGUCCGGAAUGGAUAAAGCAAGACUC